GCAUUUCCAUUAUGAUCUAUAAAAAGCCCGUGCAGUAGAAUUUCUUCAUAUCUGCCUGUAGGACUCGCGACCUGAAUUUCUGCACGAGACAGGAAAGUACGCGGAAGCUCAGCAUGUUUGUCCCUCCCAGUCAUAUAGGGCUAUUAAACUUGUCAGCUUGCAGGUCAUGUCAACCACAUUCGCCGGGUUUGAAAGAAACGUUGAUCGCUGAUAUGGACGGACACACCGCUGGAGAACCCGUGGAUAUGAACGCAGUGGCUGUAGUGAGUCGUCGCGGAUGGAACGCCGUGGAAGCUCGGGACAGGACGGAGAUGAAGAAUCCCGCACAGACGGUGAUCGUUCACCACACGGCGCUCCGGUACUGCGCGCAUCCACCCGACAGCGUCUCUCAGCUCGCGCACAUCCAGCACAUGCACAUGCAAGAGAGGGGCUUCGACGAUAUCGGUUACAACUUUCUGAUCUCUGGAGACGGGAUGGUGUAUGAAGGGCGAGGAUGGGGGGUUGUAGGGGCCCACGCAAAGGAACACAACUUCAAUUCUGUUGGCAUCGCAUUCAUGGGCAACUUCAACGAUGAAUUGCCCAGUUCUGCAUCGCUGUCUGCUCUGCUGAGACUGCUGCACAUUGGAGUGCUUCACGGUUAUGUGCAACCCAAUUUUGUGCUUGUGGGACACAGAGACGUGGCAAAAACUGAGUGCCCGGGGAAAAAUGUAUAUGCUUUACUACCAAAACUAAGAGACCAAUUACAAAACCAGUGACCUCUUUUCUAUGCAUAAGUUGCAUUAAAUCCCUGCUGUGUGUGUAGCAAUGUGUGAAUGUGAAAAUGUAUGAUAGGUUUAUUUUUGCUCUAAAAUGUUACAUUUUACAGUCUUGUGUGCCUUGUUAAAAUCCCUUGUCAAAAUAUCCUAAAGUAAUACUAAUGGAUAGAUUUUUAUCAAAAUUUGGAACCAAUUCUGAAGGACAUAAUUAAGAGUCCAAUCAAACAAGAUCCUACUGG